AAUCGGCGCGGUUUUACUAACCACUAGCCCCUAGCGGUUAGCGUCUUGCAGUGGUAAAACCGCGCCAUAUGGAAACUGAGCCGCUGUACUUUUCAACAUAGUUUUUCUAUAGCAUCUCAUCCGCCUCCCUAAACGUACCCCAAACCGCGUUUAAAAUUAAAACACGUUCCUGUCUGACGUAUUUGAAACGUUAUGCCUUAAACAUUGUGAGGGAAAUAACCAGAACACAACCUUGCGCGUUCGGAUUACGUUAUACAUGUAUGUUAGCUGGGUACAAUAGGCUACAUAACAUUCAGUUUGCUGAAUUUGAACGAGCUUGCAGAAAUCUGAUUGUGCAUUUUAAAAUUCAUCUUAACCAAACGAUCUUAACCAUGAUGUUUCAGGUUGACUCAGAAGCAGUAUCAAUAUUUGGUAACUGUGACUUUCAAAAAUUAGGGUUGACAGCCUUGGGGUAUGUUGCGAAGCUCAAACAUUUCUGUGAUAGCCCGCCUUCGGCUAACACAGAGCAUACACCUCCAAGUACAACCAUCUCGGAAGAUUUGCAAGCUGCGUCCCAUGUACGGGAAAGAAGGAAGAAAUUGCUAGACAUGCUGAGAAGAAAUAAGAGGUCAAGUAGAACAAAUCCAGAGACUACAAACACAGCGGGCAGACCUAAAAAGAGCACAAGAACCAUUAAUAUCGGUAUGCGACUUCUUAAUGAACGAAAACGCGACAAAGAUGGCUGGAGAAUAGCUAAAUCAAUCAAAGCCCCACUUGGAGACAAGAACUGUAUUGUUAUGGAAUUUUCACUGGAUUCAACAUAUGACACAUUGAAGACUAAAAUAGAGUCGGCGCUGUUUGUGAACGGAAAUAAUUCCGUUCUCGGAAAUGCUACUGACUAUGAUUAAGAGGUCGUCAAUGGAAGGAAUGAAAAUCUUAAUGACACUCUAUCCUGCAGUUUUAAUUUAGGAAACUAUAUUGAGGAAAAAAGGAUCCGGGAGCCAUUCGCUUCUACCUUCUUUGCAGUCCACGGUGUCUAGUCAGUGACACUGAUGGCAACAGUGGUGAGUAUCAUACAUCACGGUUUAACAGGAUCGCAUACAAGAUUGUUUGACGCGUUGAUUGUAAUUGAUUUUGGUGCAUAUUUAUUAAUUUACUUUCCAGAUUCAGACACAAUACUUCCAGAAUUUGACCUUGGAACGCCAAGUGGGGAAGUUUUGCUUCGUCGAAGGACUCGAAACCGAUCAAACACCUCACCUUCCGCAAGUCAAUCAAACAGAUCAUCGACCUCGACGUCAUCAACUACAGUAUACCCUUCCACCACGACUUCGUCUUCAGAAUUACCCCUUGUCACAGCAUCGUCAACGUUUCAUCUCGCUUUCACGUCUCAGCCUCCGCUGAAUCCUCUGACCAUGCCACCCUCCACAGUACACCCAUCAACCAACACCUCACAAAAUACCGCUGAUCAUCUGACCACUCCACAGUACACCCAUCAACCAACACCUCACAAAAUACCGCUGAUCAUCUGACCGCUUCACAGUACACCCAUCAACCAACACCUCACAAAAUACCGCUGAUCAUCUGACCACUUCACAGGAAAUAAACUGUCCUUCUGUUCCAUCGACAUCAAUAGCAGGAUACAACAUGCAGCGAGACUAUGCCGAACUAAUAACAUAUUCUGACUCCGAGGAAGAGUUCCAGGCGGCCAUCCAGGCAAGCCUAAGUGAGACUGUGUCCACUGGAAGAAUAGAAAAGUGCCCGGAUUCCUCCGAAGUGGUGAUAGGUAUAAGAGAGAAAGUUGCUCCGGACAAAGGAACAACGCUCCUGAAUGUAGUCAGAGGAAAGGUGUUAGAUGGUGCCAGUAGAGCGAUCAAGCGUCCUUCUUUCGAUCCACAAUGUUCGCUUUCUGUUAAAUUCAUGGAUGAUGUGGGGACAACUGAAGGUGCCAUUGAUGAAGGUGGACCAAGAAGGGAGUUCUUUAGUCUCGUCGCAAGAGAGAUCAACGAUAGUCCGAUGUUCUCAGGGCCAACUGGUGAUAAGUUUAUUAUCCCGAACCAAAGAGGUAAACUGUAACAGUAUCAUAUAAGUCCAUUUAUGUAGCGCUGAAAUUACAUAUUGACAGAUGCUAAGUAGGUCAUUUAUGUUCCCUCGGUCACCGGUCACCAUACUUCCAUCAUACAAUGGUCUGAUUUCAUUUUUGAAUAUGCAGGUGCUUCAUUUGUUCUCAUACAUUUUAGAAGCACAAGGAAGGUUGUGUUUUGAUAGUAAAGUAAACGUCUCUAAUUUAUUUAUAUUUCAGCUAUGGAUAAAGAUCUGUACUUUAUUGUGGGUGUGCUGAUUUCUUUGUCCCUGGCGCAUGGCGGUGCUCCACCUCGGAUAUUUUCGGAGAAAAUGUACAGCUGGAUAACACAAGGACCGAGUUUCAUCAAAUCGAGUAUUGUUUUGGCAGACCUUCCCCGUGGAACAGACAUUUACGAGAAGCUUCACCGUGUGAAUAAUGCCAAUAACCUGGACGAGCUGCAGGCUGCUGCUGGAGAGAUGAGCAGCUUCCUAGAAGUGGCCGGAUGCAGUAUAAUCCUUCAGGAUAUGAAGGACAAGGAGAGACUCGUCCGAGCGUGUGUACAGUUCUACAUGGUAGAUCGAGUUCAGUCAUGUAUGACAAGAUUCUUAGAAGGUCUUUCGACACUUGGUGUCCUAGAAACAGUGAGAAAACAGCAAUCUUCCUGCAGUGAUCUGUUCUGCAAAUCCGUGGAUAAUCUUGGCUUGGACACCGUCACGGAACUGUUUAAGCCAGUUCUGAACCCUGAAGGUACAAACAGAAGACGAAAGGAAGUUUCCACAUUGGCGUAUUGGAGUGACUACCUGAGUGACGUGAAAGAGGGGGAAUCAAGACUGCAAUUCUCCGACAUAUUGAUGUUCGACACUGGAUCUGAAUCCAUACCACCUUGUGGAUUUGAUACAAACCCACGACUUGAGUUUCUGCCAGAUUCACCAAACAUGAGAUAUCCAACAGCCAAUACCUGCAGCUGCAUUUUAAGAUUGCCUGUGUCCUAUGAUGAAUACAGCGAAUUCAAAGAAAACUUUGAGUUGCAGUGUUGAAUGCUGUUGGGUUUGGUAUUGCGUGAUAACCUUUGACAGUUGUUAUCUAUAAUUAUUGUUGACAGUAAAGAACACCUAUAGUAUGAGGAAGACUUUCCUAUUUGAUCAGCAUUUUCUGCUUGAAGAAAAAGUACAGAUUGUUUUGUUAAAACUACCAUUACCACUGCGGUGUCUGGGAGUUUGUACACAAAGGCACGCGUCUUUAAAUCGUGUUAAAACAACAACCAAAACGAUAUAGUAAAAAAAUAUUUUAUAUGAGGUUAACUCGCACUCGCCCGUCUUCUCCAUAAGAGUAAAGGUUGGACACUUCUCUGCCGGUAUGCUCCCUUGAGACCAGCUUAGAGUUUUUCAAAUUGUAAAUUGCAAUACACAGAACAGCUUUAAAAACAUUCUUUGGACGUCCAUUGAUUCUGGGUAUUGCAAUUUUUACACUUUGAAAAACUCUUAGUGGGUCUCAAGUGAGCAUACCGGCAGAGGUGUUUCAGAAGUGUCCGAUCUUUAUUUUUUUUGUAGAAGACGGGCGAUUGCGAGCUAGACUGAUACGGGUCUCUUAUAAAAGAUAUUUUUACUAUGUCAGGUUUUUUGUUUGCUGUUUUGGUUAUAACACUAAUUUAACGCCGCGCGCCAGUGACUGUACAGUACAUUUUAACCGUCGCUGAUUCACUGUGUUUGUUUGGUUUUUCAGACAAGGCUCUGAACAAUCUAUUUAUUUAUUUGUUAUAUCAACUUCAGUGACUAAUAUGAAUACUUUGGUUAAACAAUACUCAUUUCCGCAGUAUUGAGAGAUUUUAGACAUUUUACAUUGUUUUCAUAUCUCAUGAAUGAAACCAAAAUGUUAAGAAAGUGAAAUAUUGGUGAGUAAAACGUGGGUCACCAAGUCUGGGAACACAAUUUAUGUUAUACAUUUUACGUUUUUACGUUCUUAACCGACAUUAAAGAAUUAUUUUUGUGAGAAAACUGAAUCCCCAUUUACUAUUCUUUGAUGUACUUCCACUUUCAGUGAAUUUAACAUUCAUUCUCCAUUAAGUGGAGAUUUGCUGAAUUUUGACAUCCCUCAGUCAUCAUUACUAUUUUAUGGACAAGUACAAAUUUAGAUAUGUAUACCAGAUGUGGUUAAAUAAGAAUAUUCACGAAAACAUUGUUUUAUAUAUUAUUUGAUAUCAAAUUAUACUUGAAAUACAGUCAAUAACUGCAUUUCUACUCUUGUCCUUCGCCUAUAUACAUCCAAACUUUCAAACUAUAUUUCUCAUUUUCCCAAUACGCAAUAUGUUAUUUGUUAAUAGAAUUGACAUAGAAACUGUAUUUGAACAAUAUUAUUUCAGUAUUGUCAGUUGUCUUUGACUGAGAACAUUCAUGAAUCUGUCCCAAAAGUUAUCACCAGAUACGUUAAACACUUUUGAAAUCGUAGUUAUGAUAUUUGAAUUGAACUCUUUACACAGUUAAAUAAUGCAUAAACACGUGUAUUAACUGAUUAUCAAACAGCAAACUACAGCUUUGACAUGUGUGUUCAAGUAAGCAUGGUACAAUUAAAACUGAUUUUUUUUAUAUCUUUGUUACAUUCGUUUUUCAUCAUGCAGAUACGUUAAACACACCAAUACGGAUUGUGAAACUCCUAAACCAGUUACCGAUUCGAUACUUUCUGACAGAAUGAACAGCGAGAUAAGGGUGUGGUGUAUGUCCAGGAGAUGUGUUGUGGAUUAAAGGGCAAUAUAUGUCGCUCUUUUGUUUAUUUGUAGCAUCAGAUACGUGUUCAUCAGAUACGUGAACUGUAUACAUUUUAUUCAG